AUGCGUUGGUCUGUAGAGUUUGUGGCUCAGAACAUCACUGUCUUCGUGAAUACAACCAACACGCUCGGCUGCACCUGCAGUAUGCCCCUCCUCAUAGAUGUGGACACGGAGAUGUUCGGCGAGGACUCGGCUCCACCAUGGGCGGGAGUUCAACUGGCGCCGAAGCGGAAGGCCGAAGGUGCAACCGACGGCGAGCAGCAAAGUCAGAAAGAGCUGAAGGGCAAGGGCAAGGGCGAGGACAGCCUCGUGACAAAGGUCGCCAUGCUUUCCCUCGCCACCGCUCGCGAGCAGGCGCUGCUCUCGUUCGUGGUGCUGUCGACUUACCUCAUCCCCGCGGAGUCGUACCUAGCCAAAGCAGGACUGGCCGCCAACAAGUUCUACGCGGACAUGGUCAAGGCUCUACACGACCGAAAGGCGGCGGGAGAGGAUGUGGAUCUGUCGACGCCAGGGCCGCCAUUCAUCACCGUGUUCUUCAUGACGACCAGGGCGCUCAUGAAGAUGGCGCCAGAGGAGAAGUCACCGCAGUACAUGGGCUCGAUGAUACGCCACUUCACUGUGCGGGCGCCGCGUGGGCCAGGAUCAAAGAAGAUGGAGGGCAAGGUCAGGAUGCAGUUCGCACUGGGGCCAAACCCGCUCAGCUCCGCAGUGAACGUGUUCCUAGAGGCGGCUUUGACGGACCUGAAGGCAACGCAGCUCGUCGGAUCCGCUCCGAAGGGCCCGCUGGAGAGGCAGAUCACAAACAUGCUGCAGCGUCGAGGCUAA